AUGUGGAAGGCAGCACUCCUGACAUUGUGUUUCUUGGUGGCACUGGUAGGCAAGGUACGGCCGAGUGAAGCCCAUACCUCUUUCUAUGGAAUGAAACUGUGCGGUAGAGAAUUUAUACGUGCUGUCAUUUUUACCUGUGGUGGCUCUCGCUGGAGGAGAAGCAUUGGAGAUGCAGCUCUUAUUGGAAAUGAGGCUUUUGACCAAUGGAAUCCAAAUCAUUUCCCUCAAAUGGCCAGUGAGCAGGAUCCUGCACAAUCCAACGUAUGGAAGGACCCGACAUUUGAUGUAGCAUCUGUCGCCGCUGGAUUCAGCCGCUUGGCUCGCUCGCCAAUCUUGGGAGAGGUCUUGGAGGCUCUCCGAAGUGAAGAUAGAAAAGGACGGGAUGUUGUGGUGGGACUGUCCAAUGCCUGUUGCAAGUGGGGCUGCACCAAGAGUGAAAUCAGCUCCUUGUGCUAAACACUGUCCCAUCUCAGCAUCUGCAGUGUUCUACCUUUUGAAUUUUCAAAAAUCUAUCCAUGAUUUGAGCUACUUUUCCCCACUCGGGCCGCGGGCUAUUUUACAUCCAAGUCAUUAAUUGUGUGAGUACAUGAUUUUUCGUGCAUAGGUGGGCUAGACUAAUUUUGUGUGUAUGUUCAAUAAAGUCGUGUGUCAUUAGUAAGAAA